GGCUCGUUACAUAACGUGUCACGCAGGACAAAGAAUAGCUACGAGCCAGAGUUCAGCUUUGUUUGGUUAAUGAUUAUCUUUCUAGGAGCAGCUUUAAAAAAGAAAAAAAAAAAAAAAAAAAGGAGGGAAAAGACUUAUAGCACAGUCGGCCUCUCACCAGGACAAACAGGCGCGAUGGAGCCGGGGCAGAGUCUCUCUGUGUGUGUCCUGCUGGUUCUUUGCGGGACGUGGAGCGCAAGCGGGGGGAACAUUUUGGUGUGGUACACCGAAGGCAGCCACUGGAUCAACAUGAAGCCUCUGCUGGAGACGCUGGUCGACAGGGGACACCAGGUGACGGUUCUGGUCCCGAGCACGUCCAUGUUCAUGAGCACCGAGGAGCCCUCUCGCUUCGGCUACGAACCCUUCAACGUCUCCGUCACUAUGGAGACCAUGCAGAAGUUCAUCAAGGACUUCCUUCAGUUCUCCAUGUAUGAGAUGGAUCACAUGAGCUACAUACAGAUUUAUGUCAGAUUCAUGGACAUGAUGAAGGACAACUUGAAGUAUUCUUUGAUCUAUUUGGACGGCGUGGUGAAAUCUGAACCCAUCAUGAAGAAGCUGAAGGAGGGGAAAUACGACCUUCUCCUGGCGGACCCGGUCUAUCCUGGCAGUGACUUAGUAGCAGAGAUGUUGGGCAUCCCCCUGGUCUUCUCCUUACGGUUUUCCAUAGCUAAUAACUGGGAAAGACACUGCGGUCAGCUCCCUGCUCCUCCUUCCUUCGUACCGGGCGCCAUGAGCAAACUCACCGACAAGAUGGACUUCUCUGAGAGAGUGUGGAACUUCCUCUUCUACGCGCUGCAGGACAUCGUGUUAGAAAACAUUUUUUGGAAAGAACUCGAUAAAUAUUACUCCCAAGUCAAAGGCAGCCAUUGGAUCAACAUGAAGCCUCUGCUGGAGACGCUGGUCGACAGGGGACACCAGGUGACGGUUCUGGUCCCGAGCACGUCCAUGUUCAUGAGCCCCGAGGAGCCUUCUCGCUUCGGCUACGAACCCUUCAACGUCUCCAUUUCUAUGGAGGAUAUUGAAACCAUGUUUGAGGAGUACCUUCACUUCUCCAUCUACGAGAUAGAUCAUAUGAGCUACGUGCAGAUGUACAUCAAAUACAUGGAUUUGAUGAGUCAAGACCUCCAAAAUGCUUUAAAGUAUUUAGACGGCGUAGUGAAAUCGGAACCCAUCAUGAAGAAGCUAAAGGAGGGAAAGUACGACCUUCUCCUGGCUGACCCCAUCUUCCACGGUGGUGACUUAGUAGCAGAUAUUUUGGGCAUCCCCCUGGUCUUCUCCUUAAGGUUUUCUCUUGCCCAUCACUGGGAAAGACACUGCGGUCAGCUCCCUGCUCCUCCUUCCUUCGUACCGGGCGCCAUGAGCAAACUCACCGACAAGAUGGACUUCUCUGAGAGAGUGUGGAACUUCCUCUUCUACGUGCUGCAGGACAUCGUGAUUGAUCAUGUAAACUGGAAAGUACUGGACAAAUAUUACUCCGAAGUCAAAGGAACACCCACCAGUGCCUGUGAGACGAUGGGCCGGGCAGAUAUCUGGUUGAUGCGAACCUACUGGGAUUUUGAUUUCCCUCGUCCUUCCCUCCCUAACUUCAAAUUUGUUGGCGGAAUUCACUGCAGACCGGCCAAACCUCUGCCAGAGGAUAUGGAGGAGUUUGUGCAGAGUUCUGGAGAUGCUGGCAUCGUGGUCUUCUCUUUGGGAUCAUUUAUCCGCAACAUCACGACAGAGAAAGCAAACAUGAUAGCCUCAGACCUCGCCCAGAUCCCACAAAAGGUGCUUUGGAGAUACGGCGGAGAAGCCCCAGUGACUCUGGGUGCCAACACCAGAAUCUACAACUGGAUCCCACAGAACGAUCUAUUGGGUCAUCCAAAGGCCAGAGCUUUCAUCACCCAUGGCGGGGCAAACGGGAUUUAUGAGGCCAUCUACCACGGUGUUCCCAUGGUGGGCAUGCCCAUGUUCGCCGACCAGCCAGACAACAUGGUCCAUGUGGCAGCCAAGGGAGCUGCAAUUAAUGUGAACUUGAACUUGAUGAAGAAGGAUGACCUCAGAGAUGCACUCAACACCGUGAUCAAUGUAAAAUCGUACAAGGAGAACGCCUUGCGGCUGUCCAGGAUCCACCACGACCGACCAAUGAGUCCUCUGGAUGAAGCGGUGUUCUGGAUGGAGUUUACCAUGAGAAACAAAGGGGCCAAGCACCUGAGGGUGCAGGCCCAUGAGCUCACCUGGUACCAGUACCACAGCCUGGAUGUCCUGGCCUUCGUCCUCGCCGUCAAUCUGGUCCUCGUGCUCCUCUUUGUCAAGACCUGCAGUUUGUGCUUCCGCAGGUGUUGUGGCAGAAAGGCAGCGACAAAGAGGAAGGCGGAGUAGCUGAACUUAGAUGUAGCCGGCGAAAAACUGCUGGGAAGAAAUCCAUAUUGUCUUGUUGGUCUAAAUUAUUCUAUGUAACCAUUAUGCCCUGGACUGUAAUUGAUGGUUUUAGAUGGGUAAUCAAACUUUGAAACAAUUAAAAUAAGAAAAUGUUUAAAACAUCUGGUUAUGCUGUUAAGCAUGUAGCAUGUGCUUUACUUUGUUCUACAUUCUAUGAGCUUAGAAUCUAACACUUGAGUGAAAUAAUUUCUAUCCUCCACAUGUGCAUAUAUCAGGUAUUUGCAUGCAGUGUACACACAGAUAUUUGCUCUUCUGGCUAUGGCUAGAAAUUGCAGCUAAUUUAUUCACUGCAUUUGAGGCCAAUUAAACCUCAAAUGAUAAGCGAUUAUAGUUUGGUGUAAAACACACAAACAGGUUUCAUUAUGUGCCCUUGGGGAACUCCGAAACUCCAGCUUCAACUUCAAGUUAAUCCAAUGGUGGAUUUUUACAACUGUUUCUAAUGAGGAGAUACCUUAGUUGACCAAAGUUAAUACCUUACAUAAUAUAAUAUAGUUUAAGAGAUAGAAAAUAUAUAACAUUACAAAAUGUUAUUGCUCACAACGUGUUUUAACUUUUAUUAACUUGAAUUUACUUGAAUUUUACUCAAACACUGUCUUUGUAUUUUGGCACCCUGACGUCUGAUUUUUUUUUGCAACCAGAAACAUGACCGAGCUUAACACAAAUUGUGUUUUUUUUACUUUUAGUCUGAAUUUCCACAGCAUUAUUGGAGCAAAUCUAUAUAGUGCAGGAACACCAUCCAUCUUCAAUGCACAUCCCUUUAGUGGCACAAACGAGCAUCCCAUCAUAUUCACUACUUCUUUGACAAGAAUCCUGCAUGAUUGUUUCUGCUGAUGUUCUUGUUUCCAAGGUGGCUCAUAAUGCUGCGAAUGUAUAUCGUUUGGAAUCAUUAAUGUGUGUGU